GGCUACGCAAGUCUAUGAGUAUCUACUGAACAGCAAAAUAUCCAUCCAUCAUCAAGAAGUAAUUACAUUUAUCCCAAAAGCUUCACCAUGAGGCCUCACGACAAGAUAAUGUUGGCGGUGGGGGUGUUCUUCGCAUCGUUUUUGGCGUGUGUAGCUCAGGAUGAACUUGUAGUCUUGUUUGUGAAUCAGGAUGGCAACGGGGCAGCAGAAGAAGCUUACGAGUCGGUGCUGCGAUAUGUGCGGGCGAAAGGAAUCAAAAUAUACGACCAGUACCGCGCACACGGCAACGGUACUAAUGCAGAAGCGUUUUUGGACUUACUGUGUUCUGCAUACAAUCAGUCACUAGUUGACAAUAGAAAACCACAUCUCGUCUUGGAUAUGACGCGCUACGAUGUGCCGUCGGAGACCACAAAGUCUUUCACAAAGCUUCUGGGACUCCCAACAGUCUCUGGAUCCUUUGGACAGGCCGGAGACCUCAGACAAUGGCGAAAUCUCGAUGCAAAACGAGAAGCUUACCUGAUUCAGGUAAAUCCACCAUAUGAUAUGAUAGCAGAAGUGGUACGUCCAAUUGUCAAUAAUCAGAACAUUAGCAAUGCAGGUGUUCUUUUCGACAACAAAGUAGUAAUGGAUCACAAGUACAAGUCGCUCCUGCAGAAUAUUCCUACGCGUCAUCUUAUCAACGAAGUUCAAUCUGGGCGAAUUCGGUAUCAACUGGAAAAUUUUAAAAGGCUGGAACUUUUCAACUACUUUAUCAUUGGUGAUUUGAAAACGAUUAAGACGGCGCUCGACGCAGGAGAUGGCCUGGAAUCCUUCGACAGGAAAUUUGCUUGGCACACCAUUUCUCUGGACGCCGGGACUCCGACAACGAAUUGCUCCAAGUGCUCGUUCCUGCACAUCAAGCCUGUGCAAGGCACCAGCACGCGCGAGCGCUUGCAGAUGCUGCAGACGGAUUAUGGGCUCAAGGCAGAGACGCCCAUCGAGGCCUCCUUUUACUUCGACAUCAUGCUACAGGGCAUAUUGGCCGCCAAUGCGCUGAAAAGUAAAUACGAGGGCUGGGAUUAUACUGCUUGCAACGAUUACGAAGAACAUAUGAACAUUGUUCGGGAUUUGAAUCUGAGAACUGAAUUUAUAAAAGCGGGACAAGCAGAGGGUUCAUCGUAUGCUGCUUUCACAGUCGGAGGGAAUGGUAGAGAGUAUCAGGAUUUUAGCACCAGUAUUCAGAAGAUAGAUGUUUUAAAUGGUGCAAUGAAAGGCAAUGCAGUAGAGGUCGGCACUUGGCGUGCAGGCUACGAUACCAAAUUGGUACCAAAGAACGAGACAAUACUUAGAAAUAUGUCCGCUGUCACGGUAUACACCAUAGUCACCUUAGAGAAAUUUAAAGGCUACUGUAUUGACUUGAUCGAAGAGAUAAAAAACAUCACUACAUUUGAAUACGACAUCUAUCAUGUUCCUGACGGUGAAGCUGGUAAUAUGGAUGAAAAUGGCAAAUGGAACGGCAUGAUCAAAGAAUUGAUAGAAAAAAGAGCAGAUAUAGCGCUUGGUGCCUUAUCCGUCAUGGCUGAACGCGAGAAUGUUAUAGAUUUUACUGUCCCAUACUACGAUCUAGUGGGAAUUACUAUUCUAAUGAAAAAGCCCAAGACCCCAACGUCACUCUUUAAGUUUCUCACGGUGUUGGAAAAUGAAGUGUGGCUGUGCAUCCUGGCUGCGUAUUUCUUCACCAGCUUCCUCAUGUGGAUAUUUGACCGCUGGAGUCCUUACAGUUAUCAAAAUAAUAGAGAAAAGUACAAGGACGACGAAGAGAAAAGAGAAUUCAAUUUGAAAGAAUGUCUGUGGUUUUGUAUGACGUCCCUUACGCCUCAGGGAGGCGGCGAAGCGCCCAAAAACCUCUCCGGGCGUCUGGUAGCGGCCACCUGGUGGUUGUUUGGCUUCAUCAUCAUUGCCUCCUACACUGCCAACUUGGCCGCCUUCUUGACCGUUUCUCGACUCGACACGCCCGUUGAAUCUCUGGAUGACCUUUCCAAACAGUACAAAAUCCAGUACGCUCCGAUCAUGGGAUCUUCGGCAUACACCUACUUCCAGCGUAUGGCUGACAUUGAGAAUCGUUUUUAUGAAAUUUGGAAGGACAUGAGCUUAAAUGACUCCCUAACUGACGUUGAGCGUUCGAAACUUGCUGUGUGGGAUUACCCGGUUAGUGACAAGUAUACUAAAAUUUUACAAGCGAUGACAGAAGCGAAAUUCCCGAAAAAUAUGACAGAAGCUUUAGAACGAGUGAGAGAAUCGAAAACAUCCAGCGAAGGAUUUGCUUUUAUCGGUGAUGCUACCGACAUAAAGUAUCUGCAACUGACCAAUUGUGAUUUACAAGUAGUAGGAGAAGAAUUCUCACGCAAACCUUACGCUCUGGCAGUACAACAGGGAUCUCCUUUAAAGGACCAAUUUAAUAAUGCUAUCUUGCAGCUUCUGAACAAGAGGAAACUGGAAAAACUUAAAGAACGUUGGUGGAAUCAAAACCCAGAGAAAGCCCAAGAUUGUGAGAAACAAGAUGAUCAAUCAGAUGGUAUCAGCAUCCAAAACAUUGGUGGUGUCUUCAUUGUUAUCUUCGUGGGCAUUGGCCUUGCCCUCAUCACAUUAGCAUUUGAAUACUUCUGGUAUAAGGUGAAGAAAAAUCCGAGAGUGAUUGACGUGGGGCCAGCUGGUCAGGCCCCUACAGUUCCAUCGAAAAUGGACGCAGGUCUCACAAUGCGCGGAUUCCGACCUCGCCUUCCAUUUGGUGGGGAACAGAACUUCAACAGAGGUGGAGUUCCUCUGGCUGGUGUUACCAAUCCAUGGUGAACAAGAGUACUACAAGUAUUAAAAAUAUUUUACUGUAAGUUUAUGGAUUUGAGUUUUCAAUGUAAUUUAUUUGAUUUUCAUUUAUAAAACCACAACAGCACAUGUGUUUUGAAAACAUUUUAUCAGUGUUCUUGGAGAAAACACUAGAGUCUAUUUACAGAGAUGAAAUGUCACACCUUUAUUUUUAAUAUUUGUUUAAAAUAAUAGAUGUAUUGCUCAACACCAAUUUGUUGUGUUGUUAUCACUUUCAAACCAUGAUAUCAUAAGCAAUAAUAACAUUAAGUUACAUUACAUCUCUUAAACUGAGAAUAUUAUAUUAAUUUUUAUAUGGACAAUCUGUCUUUUUUUCCUCUAAGACUUGUACAUGAAUGUGGCAUUGUUUUGUCUAUGAAGAUGUUUUAUUGAAAAAUUCUGAAGAGUGGUGCUUUAAUGUCACACUCAUGAAAAUCAAUUGUGAAUUAGUGGUGUGAUAAUAAAAUUGUUAAUGUUUGUAACACUUGUGAAAAUAAAUUAAAUUUAUUUAUUUUUAUCAUGUAAAUGUUGGCACUAAUAAAUU